CAGUCCCUUCUUUUCUUCAAACCCACAACGCCAAUAUGAGCUUCACCCAGGACGACACCCAUGCCAUCAACACCAUCCGUGUGCUCGCUGCGGACACUGUCUUCAAGAGCAACUCUGGUCACCCUGGUGCCCCCAUGGGUUGCGCUCCCAUGGCGCACUUGCUCUUCGCGCAUUACAUGAACUACAACCCCAAGAAUGCCAAGUGGGCCAAGCGCGAUCGCUUCGUCUUGUCGAACGGACAUGCCUGUGCCCUCCAGUACAUCUUGCUCCACUUGGCUGGUUACCCUACCAGCAUGGAUGACUUGAAGGCCUUCCGCCAGCUCAACAGCAAGACCCCUGGCCAUCCUGAGUCACAUAUUACCGUCGGUAUCGAGGUCACCACCGGUCCUCUUGGCCAAGGUUUCGCUAACGCCGUCGGUUUGGCCAUCGGUGAGGCUCAUAUGGCUGCUACCUUCAACAAGCCCGGCUACGAGCUCUUCGACAACUACACCUACAUGAUCACUGGUGACGGAUGCUUGCAGGAGGGUGUUGCCAGCGAGGCUGCCUCCCUUGCUGGUCACUUGCAGUUGGGCAAGUUGAUUGCUCUCUACGACGACAACCACAUCACCAUUGACGGCGAAACCGAGGUCUCCUUCACUGAGGAUGUUGUCAAGCGUUUCGAGUCCUAUGGCUGGCACGUCAUCGUCGUCAAGGACGGCAACAGCGAUUUGGAGGGCAUUGCUCACGCCAUUGAGGAGGCCAAGAAGGUCACCAACAAGCCCUCUUUGAUCAAGGUCUACACCACCAUCGGUUUCGGUUCCUUGAUGCAGGGUACUGAGAAGGUUCACGGAUCACCCCUCAAGGCUGACGAUAUCGUCCAGUUGAAGAAGAACAUGGGCUUCAACCCCGAGGAGACCUUCGCCGUCCCUCAGUCGACCUAUGAUCUUUACCACGCCAGGGCUGCCAAGGGUGCUGCCCUCAACCAGGAGUGGGACGCUCUUGUUGAGAAGUACUCUGCUGAAUACCCCGAGCUCAGCGCUGAACUCAAGCGCCGCUUGAACAAGGACUUGCCCGAGGACUGGGCCAAGGCUCUGCCUCGCUUCACCCCUGCUGACAAGCCCGUUGCCACCCGCAAGCUGUCCGAGGCUGUCUUGAACAAGGUCGCUGACCUCUUGCCCGAGUUGAUGAUCGGCUCAGCUGAUUUGACUGGAUCUAACUUGACCCGCUGGAAGACCGCUGUCGACUUCCAGCCCGAUAACUCUGGCAUCGGUAACUAUGCCGGACGCUACCUUCGCUAUGGUGUCCGUGAGCACGGCAUGUCGGCUAUUAUGAACGGUUUGGAUGCCUAUGGUGGAAUCAUCCCCGCCGGCGCCACCUUCCUCAACUUCAUCAGCUAUGCCUCUGGCGCUGUCCGCCUGUCCGCUCUUUCUGGACACCGUGUCAUCUACAUCAUGACCCACGACUCCAUUGGUUUGGGAGAGGAUGGUCCUACUCACCAGCCUAUUGAGACCAUGGCUAUGAUCCGUGCUACCCCCAAUCUUGUUGACUUGCGUCCUGCUGACGGUAACGAGACCUCGGGAGCCUACUUGUUCGCCAUCACUGCCAAGCACCGUCCCUCGGUUUUGGCCUUGACCCGCCAGGACUUGCCCCAGCUCGAGGGUUCCUCGAUCGAGAAGACCCUGCACGGAGGAUAUGUUCUUCAGGAGGUUGAGGGCGCCGAUGUCACCCUGGUCGGAACUGGAUCUGAGGUCUCGCUGUGCGUUGACGCUGCCAAGUUGUUGGCUGAGCAGGGUAUCAAGGCCCGUAUUGUCUCGAUGCCCUCGACCACCUUGUUCGAUGAGCAGUCGCACGAGUACAGGGCCUCGGUCUUCAUUGAUGGUGUCCCCACUGUUGCUGUUGAGGCCAUGACCACCUUUGGCUGGGACCGCUACGCACAUGAGUGCAUCGGUAUCGAUACCUUUGGUGCCUCGGGUCCUUUCAAGGAGGUCUACAAGCACUUUGGACUCGUUCCUGAUGUGGUCGCGGGCAAGGUCGAGAAGAUUGUUGCCUUCUACAAGAAGGAGGGCUAUGUCCCCUCGCUUGUUCGCAAGUACUUUCACUAAAUGUGUGAGGGUACCGGUGGGAGCGGGAGAGGAGUAACAUAGAACGUCUUGAUGACACCCUUCCUCCAUUUCUUUCUCUUCACUCCUUCUCUCUCUUUUUCUCUCCUUCAUCCUUCCGUUUAUCCCUACGCAUCCUACACCAUUCUCGAUAGAGAUGAAUAACCAUUGUUAAAAGCACGUUGUAAAUAAAAAAAAGUAAUUUUUUUCAA